AAAAAAAAGCAAGCUGCGAUUGCAAGCACAGAUUUUGGCCUUGAGCCAACAAACACAGAGUCGAAUGUCAAGAACCAGGAUGAACUGGUGUAUGGCAGGAGAACACCAGGAUGUGCAGGUAUAAGCAUCCGGGUAUCUGCAUCAAUAAAAAUGUGCAUAAAUACCCCAUACUCUGCGAAUUAAGUUUCAUUCGUUGCGUUGGAGUUAGCCUUCACCCGCAGCCUUCACUCUUUUGGCGCGUUCUGAAGUCAUCCAAGCAGUGUCCGUAAACAGCGAACUUCGAAAUGAAUUUUUCCAUCUACAUCAGUAUGCUGUGUUUGAUUGCUGCGGCUCUUGUGCACGAGAAAACGAGUGCGCUCACCAUAGCUAGCUACGCUCGGUCUACUGACUGCGGCGGCAGUUCGGCCACAGUCAGGGGGACGUUCAGCGUGGACCCGGUCGGCUCGAACAGCGUCUCAUUGUCUGCCAGCGGCAUACAUGUCGACGAGGACCUGGAUUACCCCCUGAAAGCCGUUGUUGAGAUCGAGAAAAAGGUGCUUUGGUGGUGGGCCACAGUGCCCUGUGCGUACGGCUAUGGAAGCUGUACUUAUAAUGACGUAUGCGAACAGUUCGUGGCUCCGUCUGACCUAUGGCCUGACUGUCCGAUACCAAGCAGCACGUACAAUGUACAGGGGGUGAUCGACAUCCCGUCCACUUGGAUUCCCUCUUGGCUCGUGGGUGGCGACUACCGGGCGCGAAUCAAGCUGUACAAAUACAGCCGUCAACUAGGCUGUAACGACUUAAACUUCCGUAUAUAAAAGGUCGAUCCGACAUGAUAUAUCCUGAAAAUGAUAACAGGCUAAAAUUCCUUAGUAGACCUGUGAUAAGAUCUUUCAACGUCACCAACGGCCAAUCGAUUCAAGAAAUGCAUCAAGGCACGACCUUUAGUCAAUGAAUGGUAUAGACGUACAUUAUCAAUACAUCUUGAUGAAUUGAUUUAAAAAUUAUUAUAAGACGCAUCUGCUCGCCCAUUAUAUUACAUAGCUUCUCCGCUUCUUCAUUUCUCUCAGUUUAAUUUGCCUGCGUUUUACCUCUUACUUUGCUUUUUAUUUAUCUUGUCAUCUCUGCCGCUGCUCCUCUAUUGUUCAAUACGCUUCCAUUAUUAUUAUUGCACUUUUGUAAUGUUUAUCACAUUUGUUUGUCCUUUUCUCUAAUUGUUUGUUUGUGUUGUCAAAAGAUGGAAAUAAAUGUUCUUGAAAUUGAAAACAAAAUAAAAUUGAAUGAUUAUGAAUAAAGUUUUAAUCAGCGCAUUGGUAGAGUAGAACUAUAAGGUUAACUUAUAUUUGUUUUAUGACAAUUUAGUCAAAAACAUGGUUUAAUUUACAUUUUGUUUUGUUGUAAAUACAUGUAUUCCAAUCAGGUGCCAAGAACAAUGACCACAACAAUUAUUAAAAAUCCCAUCUGAUGAUCUGAA